AUGGUUGGGGUACUGUUUCUCAGCCCUGCCGUCGCGCAGCGCCUGAUGCAAGGGUGGUUCACUCACAUCAACACAAGAUAUCCAGCCCUGUUGACUCCACGUCUUCUACGGCUCCACGUGGACCGGGAUUGUCUCACUGAUCCCUAUGAGAAGAGCAUCCUGCACCUGGUGUACGCUGUCAGCGGCCGGUGGCUAGAGUCUGCUGGAGUAUUGGGACACUUCUUCAGUGAUCAACACUACGAGGUUGCCUUUGACGAGAUGGACGAAAUAUUGAAGUAUCGUGACAGUCGAACCUUGGACUACCUCAUUUUGAUGGCACUUUAUUGCAUAAGAGCACCGCGGGACCCGGGCGCAUGGACAUACGUCGGCACCGCCAUGCGCUUAUGCGUCGAGCUUGGUUUGCACAGGAAGAAAAGGAGGCAAGCCCCGAAUGUCGAAUACGAGAUGGACAAGCGACGUUUCUGGACCACGUAUUUUCUAGACAGAGACAUAUCCAUUGCCCUAGGUCGUCCGCCUAGCAUCUCGGACCAUGACAUUGAUGCAGAAUUCCCUCUCGACAUCGAUGAGGCGAACGAGGACGACGAAGUUGUACGCCAAGCAGCCUACAGACCUCUCAACACGCCACGCAACCCGCCGGCAACAUUGACUUCUUUCAUCCAUCGACUCCGAUUGAAACAAAUCGAGUCAGAAAUACAGCAUCUCGUAUAUAGAGUUGACCAAGCAGCCCAGCUACCAGACCACAUGAUCCAGCAGUUCCUCGAUCGACUCAACGCCUGGAGGGAUGCGAUACCGUUCGAAGCGAGCACAUUUGUUCACCAACCCGGUAUACCCUACGAAGGUAUGGAAUUCUACACCAUACACUACCACCGCUGCGUACGAUUCUUGCUCUAUCCGCAGUUGGCACACCAGCCGGUCAAUACGCAAUAUGCCCGUCUGUGCGCAGAUGCGUGUGCCGGCAUCAUUAGUGACUACAAGCGGCUACAUCAUGUCUUCCCUGUGGGCUUCUCCUCUUUAUCUAUUCAAUCUGUGUUCUUAGCAGGACUCACGUUGAUCUAUUGUGCUUGGCUCGCGCCCACCAGCUUCCUCAACGUAGAGAAGUCUCUCACCGAUUGUCAAAUCCUGCUAUACAUCAUCACUGAACGCUACCCGUCGGCACGCAAGUACCGCGACAUUUUCGAGCGGAUCAAGACAAGCAUACUAGAGUUGAUUGCACGCGGUGAGCACCAACCGCGGAACCCUGUCGACCUCGAUGCGGACAUGCGCGCCAGAGUGACGAAUCUCGGAGGGUCAUUGGGCAUGAUGGGCGGUAUGGGAGCCGAGUAUUCGCAUAUGAUGGGUGCAAUGAUUGGUCAGCCCGUGGGAAUGGACGUCUGCUCUUUCGGCAUGGAUCAGACACCGGACGGCACAGGGCCGCCGGGGCCGCCGGGGCCGCCUGGGAUCAUGACGGGUGAUAUUCCGACAGCCACUCUAGGUACAGAAUUUGGAAAUAUGUGGUCGAACAUGGGCGGCGAUGCUCCCGGGAUGGGAUUGGAACAUGGCGGUGGUGGCAUGUUCUGA